AAACGCGGCCAAUUCUACGUGCCUAAAAAAUACAAAUUGGCUUUUGUGAUCCGUAUCCGCGGUAUCAACAAAGUUACACCAAAAGUGCGUAAAGUUUUACUGUUGUUCCGUUUUCGCCACAUUACCCACGGUUUGUUCAUCAAAUUGAAGAAGGCAACCAUUAAUACGCUACGUAUGCCGAAUCCUAUAUGGGGUUAUCCAAAUCUUAAAUCAGUUCGUGAAUUGUUGUACAAACGGGGAAUUAUCAAGCACAACCAUCAACGUGUCCCAAUCUCUGACAGCUUUGUGAUCGAACGCAAAUUGCGCAAAGCGCACGGAAUUCAGUGCGUUGAUUAUUUGGCGCACGAAAUAUUCACUGUUGGAAUCCACUUCAAGAAAGCCUCCAACUUCCUGAUGCCAUUCAAGCUCAACACAUCAACCCGAGGCUGGCGCAGGAAGGCUAAUCACUACGUUGAGGUUGGGGAUUUCGGUAGCCGUGAGCAAAAGAUCAACAAACUGCUACGCAAGAUGGCUUGA